CAGCGAUCUCCAACAUGGUGCCUAUAGGCCGUUUACUAGUUUCUCCUUCCAACUUUCCCUACGGGCUUGCUUCUUUUGCGCUGUAUACCGGGCGCGCUGAGCUCUGCGUUGACUCAAGUGUUUCCAACCAAGCCAUGCUCGAGAUCGACGACGGAAAGAGAAUCACUUCUGAGGAUGAGAUUAUGUGGUCUCUGGCAAGCACAACGAUUGCCGGGGCUAGUAAUGAAGGCUCUACCUUUUUUGCGCUCGCUCAUUCCCUGAAUAAUAUCACGGAGUUCGAUGAAGUUAUUCUUGCCUUGGAUAAACUCGACGACCACUGCGCUUUUCGAACCUAUCUUGUAGGUCACGACAUAACAGCCUCCGAUUGGAUGAUCUGGGGAGCAAUCAAAGGGUCUAUCAAACUACUGGGAAUCUUGAAGAGCGGACGCCACCUACACCUUCUUCGUUGGUUUUCUCACCUCGAGAGCCAUCCCUCCGCGCAGUCAGCACUCCAUGCCCUCGCAGAGGCAAAAGUCGCCAAGGCUCGCUCCGGCUCGAAGACUGCUUCUUCUUUCGCUCUUGGAUUGCCUGGCGCUACUAUAAACAACGUUGUCACUCGCUUUCCUCCUGAACCUAGCGGCUAUCUCCACAUCGGUCACGCGAAGGCUGCCAUGCUCAACCAGUAUUUCGCAAAGAUGUACGGCGGUCGGCUCAUUAUACGUUUUGACGAUACCAAUCCUUCUAAAGAACGGACCGAGUUUGAAGAAACCAUCUUAGACGACCUCCGUCUUCUCGGUAUUGAAGGCGAUACGAUCACUCACACGUCCGACCACUUCGACAAGCUUCACGAGUUCGCCAUCCAAAUGAUCAAGUCAGGCAAAGCGUACGCCGACGAUACCGACAACUCCGUCGCUCUCGAUCUCCCCUGCUCUUGCCCAGGAAAGCAACACGGGAAGCAGUCGCGAAUGGCGUACGAGAGAUGGCAUGGCAUACCCUCCCUGAGACGCGACGCGUCCGUCGAGGAGAAUCUCUCACGCUUUGCAGAAAUGAGGGCAGGUACGGCGGAGGGACAGCGUUGGUGCAUUCGAGCGAAGAUCAGUGUCGAUGACCCCAAUAAAGCGAUGAGAGACCCAGUCGUAUACCGUACCAACACAACGCCACACCAUCGAGCAGGAGACAAGUGGAAGGUGUACCCUACCUACGACUUCGCCUGUCCUGUUGUCGACUCCUUGGAGGGUGUAACGCAUGCAUUGAGGACAAAUGAGUAUCGCGACCGCAAUCUCCAGUACAUGUGGAUGAACGAUGCCCUGGGGCUUCGUCCCGUUCAGAUUUGGGAUUUCAGUCGUCUGAACUUCGUAUAUACCCUUCUUUCGAAGCGAAAGCUGCAUUGGUUUGUUGACCAAGGCCUCGUUCGCGGCUGGGACGAUCCACGGUUGCCUACAGUUCGGGGAAUACGUCGUCGUGGUAUGACCGUCGAGGGACUACGGCAGUUCAUGCUAUCUCAGGGUCCCUCUCAAGCCGUCGUUUUGCUGGAGUGGGAUUCCAUCUGGGCGUUGAACAAGAAAGUCAUCGACCCGGUCGCUCCCCGAUUCUGGGCUCUUCUCAAGAGUGACGUGGUGCCCGUGACGGUCAUCAAUGGGCCGACGACGCCGGAACUCGUGAUGCAGCCUAAACAUAAGAAGAACGCUGCUGUCGGUGAGAAGAAGGUCGUCUACGCGUCGUCUAUUCUCAUCGAGCAAGCGGAUGCGAUUACUUUCGAGGAGCAGGAGGAGAUCACACUUAUGUCCUGGGGCAAUGCCAUCGUUCGCUCUCGCGAGUUGUCCGGAUCCGGUCAAGUCCUGUCUAUGACGAUGGAACUGAACCUGCAGGGCGACUUUCGACUGACGAAGAAGAAGGUCACUUGGCUCGCGGCACCGUCAGGCGAUUAUCGCCCCCUCGCCGACGUCACCUUUUUGGAUUACGACUAUCUCAUCACUAAGAAAAAGGUGGAGGAAGGCGAUAGCCUCACUGAUCUCGUCACUCCAGUCACCGAGUUUCGGGAGGAGGGUGUCGCGGACGCAAACGUCCUUGAACUUACGCCGGGCGACAUCAUACAGUUCGAGCGGAAGGGGUAUUAUAUCUACGAUGGGAAGGGAGGCAAGGGGCAGGGUAAAAUGGAGUUCAUCCGCAUUCCGGAUGGGAAGGCAGCGAGCUUGGCCAGUAAAGCCGGGGUGUGACGGGGGCUGUUUAGCGAUAUGGGAAUCAUACAGGGAAGGAGAUCAAUGACAUGUCUUGCGCUCCGAACUCGGAUGAUGUGGAUCAAAUUUAAGACUUUCCUGCGCCAGUGUUGGGGGAGAACUCAGCAUCCGAGGG